AUGUCGUUCAUCUAUAGGAGGGCGGCGCAAAUGCUGUCGAGGUGCGCGAAGGGAGGGGGAAUAAAGGAGGUUCUCCAUGAGAAGGAGGAUCCCUCAAUUAAGAAGCUCUACUUCAUUCUGCACAAGGCGCUGGAAGACCUGGAUAUCCUAAACCAGGUGUACGCGGAACACCUGUCCAAGUGUUGCAAGAACAAGUUCCUAGGCAUUAUACUCCUGUGCGUACUCGUACAGAGGAGCAAAAUCGACGGGGGAGGGAAGUUAAAGAGAGAAAUACUGAAAAGGCAGAAGGAAAUUCUUCACCUGUACAACUGUUUGAAGGAGAAAAAGCAAAGUAACACACAAAAUCAAAAGAAAAAAAAACAACUAGCCAAAUAUUUUAUCAUAUAUGACCAGGACAGAAACAGCGACGCCUUGAACGAACUAAAGAAAGUUCUUCCAGUGGAGGAGGACGAGGAUGUAGAAGGCCUCUACAAAAUAGGAAGUGACCAGUUAAGCACUCUCAUUGCUACUCCCACGUAUCAGAAGCAUCAUGUAAGGAUAAUAGACAAAACGUCUUGCUUAGUUGUGCAAGCAGGAAAUAUCAAACAAGGAAUGGUCAUCGUCGAUGUGUGCUCAGCCCCGGGGAGCAAAGCCAUAUUUGCUCUCAAGCUGUUAAAGGAGAAGGGUUACCUUGUGUGUAUUGAAAAGGAUAAAAAAAGAUGCUUCACUCUAUUACAGGAGAUAAUGAAACAGAAUAAGGAGUUUGACGGGAUUUACCUGGAUGAAGAAUUCUCGGAGGAAAAUAAAUUAGCCUUAACGGAGAAAAUUUUUUUGGCAAAGGAUAGAGGUACGAAUAUUUACUACAUAAAACACCGACGUAGCGAUAUGAUCGUGAAAAUUUUUAAUGUGGAUUUUUUUGAGUUGAGUAUCGAUCAUUUUGCGUCGCUCGGGAAGGUGGACGUCGUGUUCGUUGACCCCUCCUGUUCGUCCAGCGGCAUGCCCGACUUUGCGCACAAGGAAAGCAUGCGCCGUGUGUUCCUUCCCGAGGGGGAAGACUGGAAAGGUAAGCGAUACGGCGAGGAAGGUGCCAAAGAUGGGUUGUCCCCCCAAGUGGGAGAUAUCCCUCCAGAGGAAGAAACCUCGACACACGAUUUCCACGAUGAUGUGGCGGAAGGAAGAAUUCCCAAAGUCCCCCCGAGUUUUCAAGAGAAAGUGGACAAGCUCUCCCAGUUUCAAAAAAAAAUUUUAAAUCACGCACUGGACACACUGAGGAUAGCAGACACGUUUGUGUAUUCCACAUGUUCCUUCUUUGAGGAAGAAAAUGAACAAGUGGUUGAGUCUGUGUUGAAGUCGAAUCCUGGCAUUUGCCUAGAGAAGGCAGGCAAGGAGAAGUUCCUGUUUAGCCGCGGGAGGUCAGUUGUCUCUAGUCAGUGCGUGCGCACCUUCCCAGAGCUCCAUGCAUGCAGGGGGAUUUUCGUCUCAAAAUUCCGUCGGCAUAGUUCGUCCGAAGCGCCCCCUUUUUUCACGGAACCCUUGAACGAUUGA